AGCGUGAACUAGACUCUAGUUUCAUUUUGUGCUUGUAUACUGUGUGUAUGUGUGUUUGUGAAAUCCAUUGAUAAAAGUUAAAGAAAGAACACUUAUAUGAAUUUCUAUUGCUUCUAAGUAAUUGUUUCAAGUGAAAUGUCGGCGAGGGUCGUUUAUUUAAUUACAUCUGCCGCGCUUAUUAUUGGACUGACAAAAAACAAGGUAAAUGGAGUGAAAACACAAUGUGAUGUUUGUGAGUUAAAGCAGAUUAGCAGGUGCACUGAAGACGUGCCUUUGGAUUGUAAAGGCGAGUUUCGAACACUGGUUUCCAAGGGAACCAUCUGCAUCCACAAAGUGUGUGGUUUACUCAAACCUGCAGAGUGUACAAUAGGAGGCCGAUGGGUCGGUCCGGAUGGGAAAGAAGUGAAAAGCAAUGUAGAAAAGGAGUGCAACAACGAAGAGUUUCAGUUCGAGAAAGAAGAAAAGAAAGUUCGAGUUAAGAGGGGUUGGUUUCGCAGACGACGACGACGUCGAUCCCCUCCUCCUCCGCCUCCUCCGCCCAAUUGUGGACAGCCGGGUACCAUUGCGCAUACAAGUUUGAGUGUAACCAGUACUUCACAAGGGGGCGUGGCUACAUACACGUGCCAAUCUGGAUACGGACAUACAGGCGGCACAUUGAGGCGUGUUUGCCAGUCCAACGCUCAAUGGUCCGGUAGUCCUCCUACAUGUUCAUAUAUGAAUUCAUGUAGCAGUAGCCCGUGCAAAAAUGGCGGCACGUGCAGUAACAUCCCAAAUUCUUACACAUGCAGUUGUCCGAGCAUUUGGAAAGGUUCAAGAUGUGAAAUAGAUACCGAUGAAUGUGCAUCAUCGUCUCUGAACAAAUGUAACCAGAAAUGCAGCAACACAUACGGAUCUUUCACGUGUUCCUGUAACACCGGUUAUCGUCUGCUCCCAGACAGGCACACGUGCAUAGAUAUUGACGAAUGUGCAGAGAAAACAUCCGGCUGUGACCACGCAUGCGCAAACUCGGCUGGAUCUUUCAAAUGUUCCUGUAGGAAUGGAUUCGAAUUAUCAUCAGAUGGAAAAUCAUGUCGAGACAUUGACGAAUGCGCUAGAGGAACUUCCGGUUGUGAACACACUUGCACUAAUACAGUUGGUUCCUUUACGUGCUCAUGUAAGACCGGGUACCAACUCGCAAUUAACGGAAGGUCGUGUUCGGACAUCGACGAAUGCACUGACGGCACGGCACAUUGUAAAGUGUACUGUACAAAUACUGUCGGGUCGUUCCUCUGUUCAUGCGAGAAGGGCUACGUGCUUGCAGCAGACGGUAAAACUUGUCAAGAUGUUGAUGAGUGCAGUACUAGUAAUGGGUCAUGUGACCAAGUGUGUGUGAACGCGCCUGGUUCCUACACAUGUGAAUGUAAUUCAGGCUAUAUUCUUGCAACAGACGGACACGCAUGCUCAGACGUUGAUGAAUGUAAACAGAAUGUCGAUGGCUGUUCCCAGAAUUGCGCUAACACCCCAGGAUCAUUUAAAUGUAGUUGUAAUUCUGGUUAUGAGUUGAAGGUUGAUCAAAAAACAUGUACAGAUAUCGACGACUGCAAAGGAAUUAUUUGCCAAAAUGGCGGCACUUGUCGAGAUGGUUUGAACAAAUAUACUUGUAUCUGCGCAGAAGGCUUUACAUCAACGCACUGCGAACAAGGGUUUUUGUUUUUUGCCUAUGGAUUCGUUACAUACGAGCCCCCACAAGCGGUUGUUGACAUCAAUAUCAAAGAAGAUAUUCUAAACUUUAGGGAUAUACUAGAUCGACUUAAAGGUCGCUUCAAAAUAGAACUUAAAAAAUUAGGCAUAAUAUUUAGGAACACCACAUUGAUGCUUGCUCAUGAUAUUGAAGUAAACUUUGAAACUAUGAAAAGACUUGUAAAUGACUUAUUAAAUGACAUUCUAUCAGGCGACUGGAAAGCAAAGAAACGUCUUGUUGAACAGCUAUGGCAAGAAUACCAAAAGGUGGAACAUAGGAUUAAAUUAUUCUUUGACGAUACAGAAUUUAUCGCUCAAAAUGCUUUCAAAAAUUUUACAAAUAUCAUAAAAGAUGAAAUAGAUUUUGUAAAAACUAAUCUUAAGAAUGCCAUGGAAAAAGUGACAAAUUCUUUGGUCAUAAAAAACACGCCGGACUCCGGAUAUACAGGUUUCGGGUUGAAGUACACGACUUAUGUUCAAUUUCUUGGUCUUAAAUUAGGAGAAUUCGAUUUAGAAUUUGUUGAUUCUGUCGAGCAUCUUUUUAAAUGUAGUCGUUUUGACGCUAUCAGUAAACAUUUUGAAGGCAAAAAAGCUGUAAGAUUUAUUGGAAGGGCAUCACGUGUAUUUGUUUUUUAUGUAUUCAUAAAAAUUCAUCUUGGUGCCGGCAUAGGUGGCGCUUUGUCAGCAGAUAAAGAUAAAUUUGCUCUACAACUUGAGACAUAUGCUCAGUUUUUAGGAAUGAAAGCAACAACGGACCUAUUUAUCACCAAUAAAGGAUUAUAUCUCUAUAUGGAAGGUAAUGUUUGGGACAUUUUCUUGGCACAGUUAGAUAUUUCUGCAGAAAUGAAAUCAGAGUGGCAUCACAUUGUAUACAAAGUAAGUGGUCGUUUUCUAGCAAAAAGCAGAAAAAGGCGUCAAAUUCAGACCAGAAGCGAAUCAUUUCAAGACAGUUAUUUAGAUGCCUUGAAAAAAGUAGUUAACAAGAUUGCAGAUAUGGCGACAAAACGCUUAAGCCAAGCACAAGAAGGCCUCAAAGCUGCACAAGGAGGACUUUCAAAAGCUCAAGACUGGCUUGAAGAAAAGAAAUCAGUUGUAAAAGUGCAAAUGAAAAGGAGCAAAAAACAGCGGUAUCAGUUAGCCCAGUUUGUUGUUGAUAAAUCACGUGUCGUGUUGGAUGUUGCUGUUGGUUUGCUUGAUGUUGCCAAAUUAGGAUUAGAAUUUUCAAAAGGUGUUCUUGAAGCAGCAAAUGCAGUUCUUGAGGGAGUUAAAGUCGCUAUCGGUGUUGCUGCUAAAAUUCUCGAGUUUGUAAUAGAUUUUGGACUGAAAAAUUUGCUUGACGUCAGAAAUUGUGGCUUCAAUGUGGAAUUGUCAACCCAUGACCUACCGGUAUUUGAUAUUUUUUGCGACAUAAAUGCUUUCCGAUUAGGUUGGAAAACUAUCACAAUAAGAAUUAACUUUAAAAAUAUAGUGCAAAGUUUAUGGAAUGCGGCAAGAGCAACAAUUGACAUGCUUAGUAAAUUGAUUGGUGGUAUCGGAAGAAGACGUAGAGAGCUAGAAUUUAAAGCGUCUGCUAAAAUGCACGCAUAUAUUAGAAAAAUAAGAGAAGCUAAUUUUGACAACGGUACCUAUCAGUUUUCAAAUGAAAGCAAUGAAUUCAUAGAUAUUGUUGAUGAAAUUCUUGGAUUUAAUAAUCAUAGUAAUACUGAUUAUGAAAGUAGGUCAAUAAUUUUCAAAGAAAAAUGUAAAACGACCACUCAUGUAAUGAAAUUUAUGAACGAUGCGUUAGGAUCAUUGAAUGAAGUUGUGAAUGAAUCCAGAAAGUACAUGGAUGAAUUAGCCAUUCUUAACGAUCAGCUUCAACAGUUUACAAUCGAAGGCCUGGCGGAAAAUAUGACAUUAGAUAAUGCAGGAAUAAGUAAAGAAUAUGCAGAACGAGAUUAUAACAUGACAGAAGAUGACUUGAAUCGAGCAUUAAAUGAAUCAAAAGCUGCCCUUGCUAAUGAUCCGCUUCUCAGGGAAAUAAAUUCGUCAGCUUCAAUGGCAAUGGAGUCAAUGAAUGCAGAAAAAAAGUCAAUAGAGUCAAUUAAUUUUCUAGAAAUUUGGUUGGAUGAAAUGUCAAACAUUUCAAGCGAGUAUUUCAAUGCUUCACAAUGUAAUGGAUUCAAAGACUGUGUCUUAUAUGCCAUUUCCGAAUUAUAUACUUCAUUUGAAGAUGAGGAUAUUCCAAAUAUAGACAACAUCCGAAAAGCUAUUCUUGAUUUAGAAUAUAUUCUAAUAGAAUUAUUCCAAAACCAGUUGUCAUUGAUUGAAGAAUCAGCAGCCGCAAUGGAUAGAAUCAUGUCAUACAUAACACUUAUCAUCGAAUCUAACCCAUUCUGCUCAGAAGCACCUAUAUUUCUAACGGUGUUGAAAAAUCAAACAGUACUUAAUGGUACAGAUGUGUUAUUUGCAUGCAAUGUUACCGGAUCCCCGUUUCCAAAUAUAAAAUGGUUUAUGGAAGACAACCUAUUACCAAACGAAACAGAUAUGCAAUUGGUGAUUAACAAUGUGACAUUGAAUGACAGCGGCGUUUAUAGAUGUGAGGUUGGAAACGUUGUUGCUAAUUUAACAUCAGCAAACGCCUACCUUAAAGUCUUUACAUACGAUGACGAUGAAUGCCAAACGGAGAAUGGUGGAUGUGAACAUACUUGUGAAAACUUUGUUGGGUCUUACAUAUGUAAUUGCUUCAAUGGUUACAGACUAAACGAAGAUCGCAAGCAUUGUGAUGAUAUAGACGAAUGCUUGAUUGGUACGUCAACUUGCGAGCAGACAUGCUCAAAUAAUCAAGGAUCAUUUACAUGCGGAUGUGAAGAUGGUUUUAAGCUGAACAAAGACGGUCAUUCCUGUCAAAUUUCAUCCGGACUAGAUGACCGUAUAUUAGUGGUGAUUGUAUCAUGUUGCGUUCUUGUCGUCGCUAUAUUUGCUGCAAUCGGGGCAUAUCUCUACAUAAAGGCAAGAUCACCUAAAGUCUUACCUGAGGUAGAAAAAGAAGUCGAGAUGACAAAUGUUAAACCUUUCACAUACGGACCUAUGCCUACACAAGAAUACGGCCCUUCAAAACCCGUGUUUGAUAAGAAUAUUCUGGUACAAGCAAUUGGCAAUGGGAAGGAAUAAUAUGUUGUAAACAUGUUUUAUUGACUGAUUUAUAAUGACUGAGAUUUUAGUGGAAAAAUAUUUCAAAUUAUGAUAUAGUAAUAUAACGUUAUAAUAUCUUACAAAUCGUUAAAUUGUGUAAACGUUUGAUUGAAUCUCCAGUUAGGUGAGUCUAUUGAUGAUUGCUUGUUUUUUAAGAGUAAGGUAUCUUAUACGCACUUUGUAGCAAUUCUGUUAGACCAGCGUCUAUACAACUGACUGACUUUUUUUAUCUUGAUAUCACCCAAAAAAGAUGAUGAACAGUUCUAAAAUAAAAAUUAAAGCUAGAUAGGUGCAUAUAUGAAAGUAAGCUAUUCUGAAGAAUGGUCAUGUUCUAAUGAUCCUAUAAUCAUCCUAUACGUACUUUGUAUAAAACAUAAGUCAGGGUAAUUUGUCUUUGAUCUUGAAUUAUAGCGGGCAUUUAAUACACAGUUUAAAAAGUUCGUGCUUUCACUUGUGUGAUAAUUUAUUCUACGUCUGUAUAUGUAUUUGGUGUUGAUGGCUACAUGUCUAUCACUUUGUUUGAGUGCUUUUAUUUUAAAUUGUUGUUUUCUUUAUAUAUGAAAGAUAUUACUACGACACAUUCGUGUUGGAUGAUAUGAUUUUUAGUCUGUCAUAUUGUUUUAUGUUAUCAUAUUCACUUGUUUUAUCAUUAAUUAAUUAUAUGAAUUAAUUGAUUGAUUUCAAUAUGAGAUAAUUUCAUAUUACUAAAUCUUUACAAGAGUAUACAUAGCAUAGUACAUGUAAACAAAAAAAGACUUCUGCAGAAAGUCUGAAAAACAAACAUUUUGAUUUAUUAUAUUAAUUGUAUUUUUAAGACAUUUUACAAUUUUGUAAGAAAAAAAAAGAAGAAAAUAAAUGCUUAAUUAAGAA